CCGAGGAUAGGACGUGUGGGGUGUCCGGCUGGUUCGGGUAGUAGUAGUCGGAGCAAGCGGAUGGUGAGCCACGAGGUGAGCCGAACUUGUCCGAACCCGAGCACAGUGCCCGAGAAAGACACACACCAGCAGCUCCUGACACAACUAACCAGCCACUACUAGGCGCACGUCCGGCACAGUCCACUCAGAGAUACGACCCAUGCCGGACCAUCAUCUCAGGUCCACGCUGGAGCACCAGCAUCCGACGAAUCUGGACCACGUUUGCCUCUAAUCAAACCGUGCGAAAAAUUUAAGAAAAAUUUUUUAUUUUUAUUGAUGCCGUCCGAUUACUUAUGGACUGGAGAUAAAAAUUAGUGAAGUGAAUUUUUAAUCAGUGAAAAAAUUUAUCUGUGUGUGGACGAGGUGAUUUUUUUAUUUAUUUACCUACUGGUGAUUUUUUUUUUUUUGGUCAGUGGGGUUGGGAGAUGGGACUGUCGGGAAAUGUCCGAGGGAUUUUGACAGAGGUGGAAUUUUUUUUGGAGUGAAGAGAGGAGGAAAGAGAAGAGGAGGCUGGAGCAUGUGGGUGCUGAAUAAAAAUAAGAGCUGGUAAAUAAAUGCGGUGCGAGGACACCUAGUGAUUGUUUUCAUUUUUUUUGUAUGGACGAUCGGGUUUUGGGUUCUGACCGAUUUUAAAUACCCGAGGCAUCAUGAGGAUCAAAAUGCCUGCUGUGAGAAUCGCUCAAGCGGAACCGUCACAAGGGACAAUACCACCGGAUACGGUCCACUGUGGUGGUUGUCGGAUAUCAUACCCCCUGAGUGAAAUAGUUCGUUUCAUAGAGCACAAAGUAAAUCACUGUCGAAACAGCCUCCAGGGAUGUCACAGUCCACCGCCGACGACGGCCCACGAGGACUCAGACCCCGAGGACGCUCUGGCACUCAAGACCUCGGACCCAGAGAAGCUCAACUCGGUCCCGAGCAUCUCCGCGCCCAUUAACAAGAGGGUCGGACGAGUCGAGAGCCCGCCGACGCCGCAGGUUAGCGCCACCGACAGCGGCAGCCCCAUUGAGCUCAGAGCCAGCGCGAGCUCGACUCCCAAAAGACGCACCGAGAGCGAUGAGGACAAGGAGGAACUUACCAAGAAGGCUAAGACUGAGUCAGUUGAUGCCGAUACCAAUACUAUUAAUUCCGAGCCAAGAUGCCUGCAGUGUUCGCAGUGUUCGCGUCGUCUUAAUUCCGCCUGGGACUUGAUCCAACACGUGCAAAGUGUCCACGGAGCGCGAUUGUACGGUGUCCCGAACUCUUCAGCAAAUUCGUCAUCAAACACACCGGCGCCGAGCCCACCGACGCCCAAUCCUAGUCACUCCCAUCACCUGAGUCCGCCCAACCACCUGAACCUCAGUGGAAAAUCGACGGGUUCAUCGGCCGCGAACUCUUCCGCGGGUACGACAUCUAGCUCGGGCAGUAGCCGGCAGCAGCUGCAAAGUUCUUCUCUGGUAGCGGAUCCACUUCACAGUUUCCUGAGGCUGCCCCAGCACCUGGAACGCAGCUUCCCUCCAAUGUUCAGGCCCGAGUUCCUGGCCCUUAACCCCCUUGCGGGGUACCGUGGGCUCCAGGACCUGCAGACCGCGACGAGAAACCUUCAGAACUUGGGGGAUCCGCUUCGCGCGAUGGACGGCCUCAAUUUAGGGGAUUCGUUGGUUAGGAGUUCUCUUGAUACUCUUAAUAACGCACGUAAUUUGGCGAACCUGACGGAACUCUCGCAUGCACGGGGUCUCGGUACUCAGGGUCACCCACCACAACUUGAAGCGAAUCUGGAUUUUUAUUCGGCGCGCCUAAGGAGCCUCGCUAAUCCGCCCUUAGGCGCGGCUCCAACGAAUCCACCGACAAAUCCCUCGAUCGUUUCGAAUGUCGCCCAAUCACAACCCCAGCAGACCCAGGGUCAAAACCAUCAGACCCAGUCUCAGAAUCAUAAUACUGCUGACUUAUCAACGAGCCCAGUGGGUUCUAAUCCCGCUAAUUUAACAGUUCAUGCGUUGACGCAGAAGGAAAACUCACCGCCUUGUUACAACCAGAGCCCCGUGGGUCACAACAACAAUAACUCGACGGACAGUGACAAAACAAGUCCUCCAGUUGCGUCCACUCCCAUAAUAACCGACUCCGCCGAAAUCGUUUACACCUGCGAGGUCUGCGAUAAGAAGUUCCGGUUCCAGUCUAACCUGAUUGUCCAUCGACGCUGCCAUCAGGAAAAGGAAAGACAAUUCCAGGAGAACAACCAAGAUGGCGGUGCCAUCGCCCGUUGCGAGGUCUGCGACGUCGAGUUAGCGAACUAUUCAGACCUACGCAAGCACAUGCGCAAAGAGCACUCGGACUCCAUGAAUCCGGCGAGUCCCCAAGGAAGCGUCGAAACCGUUCCCGACGAUGGGUCCAGCUGCGACGAGAACAUGGACCUCGACGACGGGGACGAGGGGGACCAGAAGACCCGGACCGACGCUGAGGAAAACACUCCCGAAGAUCUCAGCACGACCCAGGGUCAGAGCAGCGAAGAAAGCGUUCCCGGAAGGGUCGACCAGAAGCCCAGUCUGGUUGGAGAUCUCAUGGAAAAAUUUGGACUCAACAAUAUCGCCCAGUAUUCCGAAGCCUAUCGACAAGCGCUUCAAGAAAACCAUCGCGGAGGAUUCCUCAAAACAGAGUCACCCUCAAAUUUGGUGAACACCCUCAACAAUAACAAGGAAAAGGACAGCGCGUUGUCCCCAACAAAUUUCAACACUUCCGCGACGGCCAACAUUUUUUCCGGCACAUUCCCUCGAACUGGGCCCGACUUCGGUGGCCUCUGGCUGCCCAGUGCCCACUACCUAGAGAACAGCGAGUUCCGUAAAGUGACCAAGGCCACGACUUCCAGCCUCGCCCUGCAAGGACUCCCCAGCCCACUCCUAAAAAAGGAACGACACGGACGCAACGAUACUUGCGAGUACUGCGGCAAGGUCUUCAAAAACUGCUCAAACCUGACCGUGCACAGACGCUCCCACACCGGAGAGAAACCUUACAAAUGCGAACUGUGCUCGUACGCCUGCGCCCAGAGUUCGAAACUCACACGACACAUGAAAACUCACGGCAGACAUGGCAAGGACACUUACAAAUGCAGGUUUUGCGAGAUGCCCUUCUCCGUGCCCAGCACUUUAGAGAAGCACAUGCGCAAGUGCGUGGUCGUGGUACAGCAGGGCCCCAAAUUGGGGCUUCCCUACCCCGGGAGCCAGGACGAGGACUCAUCGCUCAGUACUAAGGACACUUGAUCCUGGAGCGGCAGUCUUCCGCCGCCAAUUCCGCCGCUCUGGCCGCAUCAGCCGCCCUACACGGUUUAUUAAUUUAACGCCUGGUUGAAAGACUCCCUACCGGUUUUGUGAGGAGAAGGAAAAGGAGCAAAGCCUCGAAUUAUUGAUGACUUUGAAGACAGGGUGACACCUGAUAGCAAAGGACUUUGUCCAGUUACAGUCAUUUCAACUGAUUUUACUUUAUUUUAAGCAUUUUCUAGUGCGAAUUCGGAGGCAGGAGCCAGGGGAGGGGAGGGGAGACAGGAGGCACUGAAAAAAAAAACCAUUACUGCAACGAUACUAAGAAAUAAAUGGUUACCACUGGAGUAAAUCCAGCAGAAAAAAAUCUAAUAUAAAUAAUUAUAAAUAAAAAGUUUUGUGAAUAUUAAAAAUAAGUUUUAUGGUUAAGAGUAAAUAUAUGAAAAUAUAAAUAUAUAAAUACGGAGGUAUAAAUAUAAAUAUACGAAAAAUAACACGGAAUAGCAAAACUUUAUUAUCGCAUUGAAGAUUAUUUAUUUAACAGUAAUAAUUAUAAUAUAUGGAUAUAAAUAUAAAUAUGAAUAUAUAUAUAUAUAUGGAUAUAAAUAAAUGUAUAUUGUAGAUGCGAGUGUGGAAGCGUCUUGAUUAUUAUUAUUAUUUUAUUUUGUAAAUUGUAUGGAAAAAAAUUAUUAUCGGUCGGUGGGAAGGACGGACCGAUUUAUUUUUAAUUAUGGUUACGUUUCAUACAUUUUGUAUGGGGUUAUAUAUUAACGUUUUAUUUUUUAUUUAAUCGAUAUUAUUAUUAUUUAAUUUUAGGAUAAGCAUUUGAGGUUUUUUGUUUUGAAUGUUAGGAAGAUGCCAAAGUUGUUUUUAGAUCACUUCUUUUAUUAUUAUUAUUAUUAUUAUUAUUAUUAUUAUUAUUAUUAUUAUUAUUAAAUAUUAUUAUUAUUAUUAUUAGUGAAAAUGUAAGUGAGUAAAGGAAUCACUCGCCCAUGAAUUUUUAAGCAAUAAUCAUGUUUUUUAAAAAUCAUUUGGGAUUUUUCACGUGAUUGUUCUUUAUUAUUAUUAUUAUUAUUAUUAUUAUUAUUAUUACUAUUAUUAUUAUUAUUAUUAUUAUUAUUAUUAUAUUUAUUAGUAUUCUAUUAUUGGCUAUUAUUAUUAUGAUCAUUAUUUAUUACGGUUGAUUGUUUAUGCUGAAAGCAUUCGUUUAAAUUUCGAUUUUCGUGGUACUAAUUUCGAAAUUUUGUCACGAAAAUUCCCCGUCGUUAUUUUAAAUUUUUUUAGAGGCAGUUUUAUGUUGCGAGACUGAAAAUGAUAAAUAAAAUUGUGAUUUUUUGAAUGAGGGGUAAAAUGGACAGAUGAAAUUUUUUUUGGUUUGACAUUUUUUUUUUUUAUUUAAUUUUUAUGAUCUGGAAAAUUCAGUAUAGAAAUUGAGAAUUUUGUAACAGUUCAUCCAAAAUUAGAAAAAUUGAAAAGUUGAUAACAAAAAAUCGUAAAUUAAAUUUUGGGAAAAAAAAAAAACCAUGAAAAUUAAAUAAGACAAUAUUUUUAAACCAAAAAAAAAUUCUCAUUUUUUUUUACCUCGAGUUCAAAAAUUAUCCAGAAAAAAAUAAUUUAGAUCAGACGUAAAUCGCGUAUCUGAUCUUAAAUCUUUCCAAUUUAGAUCUUCUAAAAUUUAGACCUAAUUUCGAAAACUAAAAUUUUCAAAAUUUUAAAACAAAUUCCACAUAAAUUUCCUUACAAAAUUCUAAAAUUCACAGAAAUUCAAAUCCCUCUCUAUCAAAACAGAUCUCACUAGAUCUAAAUUUUUUUUUCCUGGCCAUCAAAAGUUAUUUUUUUUUUUUUUUUCAAACGACGGGGGAUCAAAAGAUUUUUGAACGAAAAAUUGUUCCUAAAAAAGUAGGCAAUAAGAUAAUUCCUCGUAUGAAUGUUUUGACGUAAAUGAAAAAAGGCGCGAAAAAUGUAACAAAUUUAAAAUAAAUUUAAAAUAAAAAAAAAAUACACUCAUAUCAAAUAGUUUCCAUGUUAGUUGUGUAUGUAGAGUUAAAGUAACUAAACAUAACUAUAAAUACAUACGACUUGGAGUACAUUUAAUAUAUAUUAUAUAUAUAUAAAUAUAAAUAUAAAUAAAACGACCUGGUCGUUAUCUAGUUGAGAGGCUGAUUUGUUAGACAAUUUCUUCUGUCCCUGUUUAUAAUUAAAUAAAAUAAAAAAAGUUAAUAAUUAUUUAUUGAAUAACAUAAAUAAAAUAUCCAUUAAUGUAAAUAUAUGAUAGCACUGCCCCUAGACAGACGUAAUGCGAGUGCGAGCAUUUAUUAGUCGUUUACAUAUUUGAGCUUAAAAAUAAUUAAAUAAUUAAUUACACGAUUUUAAAUCAUAAGACUCACUCAUUUUUUAAUUUGCCAGUAGUGUAAAAUAAAAAAAUAUACGUACUAUAAAUUUUUUUUUCUUUUUUUUUUUUUGUAAAAAAAUUUUUUAAAUUUCAUCCUUACCCAUGUCCUUUUUCACAUUUUAACUGUACCUUCAAUUGUACUACAUAUAUUUAUGACGUAUUUAUUAAUGAGAGAAUAAGAAAAAAAAAUUUUGAAAAUUUUUUUUGAGAAAAAUUUUGAAUUAA